AUGGACUUCACCCUGGCAGAUGCCAUCAACCUCGAGUGCAAGGCCAACAGGACCAACAAGAAGACUGAGAUGCAGGACCUCUACAACAGGUUCUCCAACUUCAUAGAUAAGGCUUGCUCCUUGGAGCAACAGAACAAGAUCUUGUUGCCCAAACUGGAGCAGCUGAAGGUCAAGGGUACCUCCAGGGUGGGGGAUCUGCUUGAAGAGGAGAUGAGGGACCUUUGCAGGCAGGUGGACCUCCUCACCAACCAGAAAGCCAGUGUGGAAGUGGAGAGGUAUAACUUGGCAGAUGACUUCCAGAGACUCAGAGAAAAGUAA